AUGAAAAGCGAAGAAAAUGCUAAUAAAGAUAGUAAAAUUGUAGAAGAGGAAAGUAUAAAACAAGAUGAUAAUGAUAAAAAAUCGGCAACCACCGCCACCAUUACUACUAGUGGUGAUACCGGUACUGCUAAAAAAAAUGCAACAGUUGAAAGUGGGGAGGACUCAGAUUUAGAUGACGAUGAUAUUCCCGAGCUAGCAGAAGAACAAGGAAAAAAAGCUCGAAAAGCAAUGCAAAAGUUGGGAUUGGUACCUGUUCCUGGUAUCACUAGAGUUACAAUCAAAAGAGCAAAAAAUGUAAGAUUGAAAUUAUCAAUUAAUUAA